AUGAUGCUAAGGCCACCUCUGCUGUGUAAGCGGCUUCUGAGGCCCUCAAAUGUGUUGCGCACCAUUCGGCUAAUCUCCUCCUUGACACCGCCGCUUAUUCGCAUUCAUGACGGUACAUUCUAUCAACACUAUCCAACUCCCGAUGAUGCCAGCGGCCAAAACCCUCCCCUCUUCCCAAACUUCAAUUUUGUCCUACCAUCCACCAAGACGGAUGCUCCCGAGGGCAAUGACGAUAAGUCCCUGCAGCAUUGGGCAGUGAUCGGCUCCACGGGUCGGACACAGCUUCUUGAAAUCCUCCGCGGCCAGCACGUCUGCCUUCCGCCCACCGCUCGCUCCUACCCUUACCUUCUGACAGAUGAGAUCGCCAACAAGGAUCCUCGCUUACGGUUAGUUGGGAAUGCUAUUCAGUAUAUUGGAUUCAGUGGGGAGGGAUCUGGGGCUAUUGGUGGCACGCGCGGCGCGUAUUUGAGUGCUCGUUAUGAGAGUCUCCGGGAAGAGACUGACUGGACAGUUAGCCAGUACUUGAAGGGUCAGACAUCCCUCAAUCCGUUGGAAGGGGAGGAGGACGAGAAAUUGCAUGGUGGUGAGUUAUUUGACCAGGUUGUAUCCGACCUGCGCCUGAGCGAGCUGCUUGAUAUGCCGGUUGCAAAUUUGAGCAAUGGUCAGACAAGGCGUACCCGCAUUGCGAAGGCCCUUCUCAGCAAACCAGAGCUGCUCUUACUAGAUGACCCCUUCAUGGGCCUCGACCCCGCCACCGUACGAGGCAUAUCCGGCCUGCUCCAGCGUCUUGCGGCGAAAUCUGACCCUCGCUUUGUUCUCGCCCUGCGGCCGCAAGAUUCCGUCCCGGAUUGGAUUACACACUUAAUAAUUCUUGGGCACUGCAACCAGAUUUUGUUUCAAGGCUCCCGAUCGGAGACCUACGAGGUCUUCGAUGUCUGGCGGUACGCAACUUCUUUCAAGAGGGAGGACCGCAGAUUUAACGAUGAUACACUGGCGAUAUACCGCAAAAGUAGGAAGGCCGUAGAAGCAGGCUACCUUGAUCGACAACUUUUAUGGGACUUGCAAAUAUGCGCACCAACAUCAUCUAGAAUAUCUCUGCCUUCCCGCGGGGGAGGAGAGGCGCUCAUCGAGAUGGACGGAGUUCGCGUGCAGUAUGGUGAUAAAGCCGUCCUUGGCGACUGGAAACAAAAUGUGAACAAUGAAGAAAAGGAUGGUUUGCAUUGGACCGUCCGUCGUGGCCAACGCUGGGUCGUUCUGGGAGCCAACGGCUCGGGCAAAACCACACUGCUAUCGCUUAUUACCUCGGACCAUCCUCAAACAUAUGCAUUGCCCAUCAAACUCUUCGGCCGAUCUCGCCUACCCGAGCCGGGAAAGCCGGGCAUCUCGAUAUUCGAGCUACAGUCGCGUCUGGGCCACUCCUCGCCAGAAAUUCACGCUUUCUUCCCGCGCCAACUCACCGUCCGACAGGCAGUUGAGUCUGCCUUUGCGGAGACUUUCCUGGGUAAGCCGAAGCUGGAUCACGAUCGAGAUCUCGAUGUGAGCGCAGCUCUACGAUUCUUCAAAGCCGAACUCGACCCCAAUGCAGCUGUGACCACCCGGGAGAAGGCACCGAGAGUGCCGGUAACAUCGAGGGCUUUCUUUCCCAAACUUGCACACAAGGUGACUGACCCAUAUGUUCCGACCGACUAUGAUGUGGAAUACGCCGAUUCGGUAAAGUUUGGUGAACUCAGUAUGGCACAACAGCGUGUGGUGUUAUUUAUUCGCGCCAUUGUUCACCGGCCGGAAAUCGUCAUCCUCGACGAGGCCUUAUCGGGAAUGUCGGCCUCCAUGCGUGACAAAUGUAUUCACUUUCUCGAGGCCGGCGAACACAUGGGUGAUCAGUCUUCGACCAUUUUGCGCCGCACGUCCGCUAAGGACACAUGGCUCAAAGGCUUCAAUGCCUCCGGCUCCACCAUCCGACAUCACGGUCUGUCGGAGGAACAGGCGCUCAUAAUGAUCAGCCACAAUCGGGAAGAGAUUCCUGACAGCGUUCGCCACUACAUGCGCCUUCCGUCCGAGCGUAGCGAUGGCCCGGAACCGUUGGAUUUCCGCUUUGGCGUUCUGGGAGAACAUAGCUCCAUGAAUCGCGAGGCUGUAUGGGAUCUAGCAUGGUCCCCGCCGUCAACAUUUGAGAAGUUUGCUCACCGCACGUCGAGAGAAGGGAAGGAUAGUUCAGAGAGGUCGCUUUCCGAUGAGGAAGUCUAUGAAUGGUAUUCCUUAUAG